GUCCCUUCUCUGCUUUUAAGGACUCAUUGGCACCUAGAAGCAGAGCAGUGCCCUUCCUGGUACUUUGCCUGAUGAAUCUCCACCCAUCAUAGAAGCCCUGGAACAAGUACUCACUGUGCUGCCUCCUAACCCCGGGACCUGGAAGGAAAUGAGGAGCCCAGAGGACAGAUCUGCUGAGGGUACUGGCCCCCCCCUUGCUGAGCUGGGACCACCUCUGCACCCUUGGCCCAAAAAUCAACCAGGGAGUGCCCCUGACCUGGAGCUGCUCCCGGGCUGGGCUACCCCAUCUCUGGCCUGUGAGGCACCGGGUGACACAGGAGUGUGACACAGGAGUGUGACAAGCCCCUCACCAUCAAUGGAGCCUCAACCACUGUGUCUCUUCUACUGCCUGCCCAAGGAAGGACCACAGAGGAACAAGCAGCCGGGGCACGGCUAAGCAGGUCACAAGUGCCAAGAGGGAAGUGAGUCACUCACCUGGGAGCCAGCACAUCAUCCUCUUUCCUGUCAGAGCCUCCUCCCAGGCCGGAGCACACACGCAGCUCGGCCCUGCUGGUCUCUCCACUUGCAGCAAGGACCUGGUGGGCUGGGGUCUGUGACUGAGCUGGAGCAGGUGCUCUGUGACCCCAAGGUAAGACACUCCUUUCCCUUCUGCUUGCUCUCCCAGGCCUCCCUCCCCAAGCUCCACAAGCUCCUUCUGUGCCUGGGUAACUCAGGACAUGGGCUGGCUCAACAUCCCCCGUGGAUCUCUGAGCCAUGGCAUCUCAGACAGCGCCAAGGGCUGCAGAGACAUCUUCAUCCUCCCAGCAUGGGUGUGGGAAGACACUCCUUGUUCUGCAUGCCUAGCAAGCAGGGAUGGGGUGAUGAGGUGCAUCGUGACAGCAUGAGUCAGGCAGGUGCUGCUGCUGCCUUUGGGGCUGUGGGGAGGGGGCUGCUCUCACCCAGCCCCCAUUCCACCCCUGAGUGACAACGGCCCUGGCUUCGCUUGAGUGCUGUGAAGCAAGGUGAGCAGCCGUGCCUGGACCUUACUCCUGCGAGGAAGAGGAGGCAGUGCUUGGAGCCUCUCAAGGAGGGCAGGUCCCUCAUCCCACUUGUGCACAGCCCCUGCCCAGGCUGGGCAGGCAGAUGGGGCAGAAGCCAGCAGCAGUGGCAGGAGGUGUCUUGCUGCAGUUGGGAGCAGCAGGAGCACUGUCCCAGCUGUGGCAGCUCAGGCAGGACAUGGCUUUUGCCUCCAGCAGAGCUGUGACAGCCUGGGGCUGUAGCACACAAAUCCUGACUCAGUGGCCCAUGAACUCACCCCUCUGCCCAAUGCAGCAGGGCUGGGCUUGGGAACCAAAAACAGCUGGAGGCUGCUCUGCUCCCUGCCUCACCCACUGCUGGGGAGGCUGUCCAGCUACCAGCAGUGACAUUCUCUGCCAGUCUGGGCAAUCCCUGUGGCACAACCAGCAGCAGAAGCCAUGCCCUGCCUUAGCUGUCAGAGGGGACCCAGGGAGUGCCCCUGCCCCAGGAGUGGCUUCUGGCUGAUGUGUGUUUUCCUGCUGAGCAAGCCCAGCUCCAGGGCACAUUCCUGCAGGGUUGGUAACGAGGUGGGGACAGGCUGUGCUCAGCCUGAAACAAGCGUAGAGAAAAUUUAGCAGAGUGUUAUAUGAGUAGUAAUGUUACAUGAGUAGUGGGAAUUCACAGACAGUAACACUCAGCACCAGCUGAGCGUGUGCUGCAGCUCCAAAAGAAUUUCAUGCCUUUUCAAAGACCCAUCCUAGUACUCAAGAAUGUGUCCUGGGGACUGGAACCAGCAGGGAUCAAGCUCACCUGUGUGCCAGUGGCUGGUGCUGUCACAAGCUGCGUGUUGGUUUUUCAUCUUGUCCUUGUUUGCUGCUUGUGUUACUGACAGGCAGUCACAGACCCAUCAGCUGAAAUGCUGCUCCUCCAUUUACACUCCUUGGAGAGCUCUUCUCUGCCUAUGCAGUGUAGCUUGCUCUUGGGAAGAAAUCUCUGGAUAUUUGCUUAUAAAACCAAGAGUCUCUGAUCCCUCCAAAAUUUCUAUGUGGUUAUCCAAAGUGAGUAUGUUGCUACCAGGCUACAUCUAAGAAGGAAACGACCUCAAGGGCAUGUGCCAGAGGCAGGCUGGGCUUACAGGAGGCACUGGGCGUCUGCCAUGGCAGCAUGUACCGCCACAAGAAUGCUGCUGGGUGCCAGACCCAUGGGAAACAGCCACUGCUCACCAGUCAGCCCGAGUGCAGUUAUCCCCACAGAGUGGAAUUUGGAACAGCUGUUCUGGGAUCCAGCAUGUACAACGGCCCGAAGGACUAUCAGUGCUCCUUAACAACUCUAUGGGAAUCAGACUGAUGUCACACAUUUCCUCUCCUCUAGUGACUCUGCAGUCAUGUUACAGUUGCUCCCAUUCUGGUGCCCUGUUCUUAAGAGCUGCCAGUGCAGAGACUCUCCAGCCCCAGGGCAGGGAAAAUAACAUCUGGGAGACAACCAAGCAACCUCAGUGAACCCCUCACUACUAUUGAGGCUGAAGAUGGACAUAUUGUGCUGAUUUUUUUCAACUCUGGUAAGAAGAAAAGCUGUGGCAGGAAACUGAACUUCAGUGGCCACUGAACACCAUGAUGUCUGGAAAAGGCAAAGGAGGUGCAGAAGGCAGUGCUGAUUUCUACAUUUCAUGCCACAUAGACUCUGAGUUUCGCUACAGCCUCUUCACUGUUUUCUACAGCAUUAUCUUCAUUCUAGGCUUUGUUGCCAACUGCUAUGUUCUCUGGAUUUUCAGCCAUAUUUACCCCACCAAGAAACUCAAUGAAAUCAAGAUAUUCAUGGUGAACCUCACAGUAGCUGACUUGCUCUUCUUAAUUACGAUGCCAAUGUGGAUUGUUUACUACCACCACCAUGGAGACUGGAUCAUGCCUGACUUCCUCUGUAACGUGGCUGGCUGUUUAUUUUUUGUUAAUACCUACACUUCUGUUGCCUUCCUGAUGGUCAUCACAUACAACCGUUACCAAGCUGUGACUAAUCCUAUUAAAGCUGCUCAGCUGACCACCCAGAGAAGAGGUAUCUACCUAUCAGCAGCUAUCUGGAUCAUAAUAGUGGGCAGCUCUUUGUAUUACCUUUUUGACAAUAAUACUAAUCAGGAGGAGGUCGGAUCCAGGAAUUUCACACGGUGCUUUGAGCGCUAUGACACCACGAGUGGUGUUUCAGCUGUUCUCGCCAUUCAUGUCAUCAUCUGCAUCCUCUUCUAUAUCAUUUUCCUUUUAAUACUAGGUUGGAACGUUGUCAUUAUCAGGACUCUGUUCUCCAAGUCAGUGCAUCCACAGAAAAGCGCUCACGUCAAGCAAAGGGCCCUCUGGAUGGUGUGCACAGUGCUGUCUGUGUUCAUCAUAAGCUUUGUGCCCCAUCACAUUGUGCACCUGCCCUGGACUCUGACUGUUCUGGAGCAGUGGAAGAAGGAGAACUGUCAGCUGCGCCAACAGCUCAACGAUGCUCACCAGGUGACUUUGUGCCUCUUGAGUACGAACUGUGUGUUGGACCCAAUCAUCUACUGCUUCCUCACCAAGAAGUUUCAGAAGCAUGUUUCAGAAAACCUGAAAAGCAUGAAAGGGAGUCGCAAAUGCUCCAGGCAAACAACUGAUACCAUGAUUGAGGGCACCAUUCACCAAGAGGAUGCCAUUAGGAUCUGUUAGGGCCACUCAGUGUUUUCUGGUUGCACAUGGAGAGGUGUGAAUUAUUCACUCAUCUUUUCUCAAGAAGAGGCACCAGGACACAAUGGAGGACCAGGAUUUUCUUUUUCCCAUUAGACAGAAGAAUGGACACUCAUUUCUUCUGUCACAUGCAAAGGGCAGAACUGGAACCUGCAGUAAUCUGGCAGCAAAGCUCCUUCUGUCCAGGCUGGUGUUCUCAUGGGCAUUGAGAACAGCUCAGAUGACUGCUUUAACAUGAAAGAAGUGUGUCCCUGAGCCUCUGCAGUGAGCAGCUAGAAGCUGAGUGUGCCAAAAUUACCCAUUGUGUCAGUCCAGAUAGCACCAUCCCUGCUCCUCUGCCUGCCCAGCUCUCGCCAUGGAUCCAGUAUCAGAGCUGUAAGGGACUUCUAAAAGACCUGGAAGAACAGACUGAGCUCUGAGUAUCAUCGAGUGGCUCUUCUAAGCAGCUUACAUGGUGUGGUGAAGAGAGUCUGAGCUAAUGAAGCUCUUGAGUGGCUGUAAGGGACAUAGUCCACGGAAUUCCUCAACUGCUGUCAAAGAGAUCUGCACCUCCGAUCCCUUCAUUCCUUCUUAGUGACUCACGUGGUCUGCUGGGAUCCAAACUUCACAGAUGUCUGGGAAUAGCUAUUAUGAAUCUUUGCUUCCAGAUCUUGGGUCAGUAAAGCAGGGAAGGAGAGGAAGAGAAAUUGGCAGUCCCGCAGCACACCUCCCCCCGUCCCUCCACCAGAUCAGCAUUAUUGCCAAAGGGCACUAUGGUCUGCCCUGGCUUCCUGUGUGAAAGCAGAACUGGCCAGCCAGUGGCUUCAUGCACUCAGUUUAGUAAUUUCUGGCUGACUGCAUGUGUCUGCAGACACCCAGUCUUGCUCAGGAGGCUCCAGAUAACAGAGGGCUACUGCAGUAUGGGCAUUAUGAUAAGGAAAAAAAGCUUAAAAUGCUUCUGUAUCUUUGUACUUAUUUAUUUAAUUUAGGAUUAUAGCCAUUAGAUAUUUUUUUUCCUCCACCCUUUCAAAGCUGACCAGUUCUUGAUCUACAGCAAGUGAAGUGUUAGGUCAGGACACUUGACAAAUAAUUCACACACUCCAACAGCACAGGAGGCCCCUUGCCCAGGGCCAGAUGCAGUCCACUGGGGCCCAGGGCAAAGCGGUUUUCCAUGGGUUCUGAGUUCUGUUCCCAGUCAUGAGACACUUGGGGUUCCUUUUCUGACCCAAAUUGCUCAAUCUAGCACAGGAAAUUGGGCAGGGAAGGGAACUUACUUGUUUUCACAACAGUUGUUGGUUCCCUGAAUGUCCUAGUCUGUUGAUGACAGGAAGAGUGUAUCUGACCUGUGACACCAAUUAUUCAUGUGCAGGACAGCAGCUCUCCCACACCUGCCCAAGAACAGGAGAGAUAAGCUCAAGCCUUUCCAAAGACAGGACCAAUAUUUGUACUGCUUUGCCUGUACCCAGAGGAGACACGGGUCCUUCAGAUGUAUCCUCUGGAGCUCCGCGGGCAGCUUUUGUCCUUAUUUGUUCCAGUAAGGAAAAUAACUAAGAUGUUUAUUUUUCUAAGGCCAUUGCCAGGACCAGCCCUGCACUCCAGGCCCAGUGCCAGAGGAAAGAGUCUGAUCACAGUAAGAGUGCAUCUCCCUCCUAGUCCUGGGCUCUGCUCCAGUGAUGGCCACUCACAGCAAACACGUGCCAGCACCUCAUGCUCCUCAGACACGUUCAAAGAUGCACCCUGCAUCUGCAGAGACACAGCACACAGGAAGGGAGCAAUUCCUGUAAUUUAAAAACCAGAAUCUGCCUCUGUUUUUGCACUGUUCUGUUGGCACAUUCUGGAUGAGGAGCUCACGCAGCUGGCAGAGGGGGGUACCUGCUUUCCCCCCUUGGCUCCCAGCAAUAGUGGAGCUCUCAUUUUACAGACCCUAAAGCCCUGAGAGAUGGAGUUUGGCAGUUCUUGGAGGAAAUGGAAAAGACUUUUACAUGGAAAGCUGGCAUGAUCUCCCACCUGUUCUUGGAAAGCUUGCAAGAGUUUACAGUUUAGCUCUUUACCAUGGGUACAUAACAGGCUUUAUUCCACAGCAAGCACUGCGGGCUCAGGGUACAAACGUAAACUUGCAUCUGAGGAAAAGGAUAAGCCCCAAGGCCACUUCAGGAGAUGUUAUGCUAAUUAGUCAGUAAAAAUGCAUUUCUAAAAAACAGGCUGCGCUGCUACUUCUGUUCCUGGAAAUACUUUCUUGUUCUUACUGCAAUGUUGCAUUACUCUGCUUUACCUUGCAAUGAAAUUGAUCCUGGAAAGUUCUUUUCAAUAAAGUGUGUUCCCUGUGUGUUUUGCCCUUUAA